CUCUAUCAACCCGCGCAGGCGCAAUUGGCUCCUCUGUGCGCUCUACUGUUUGCAUUGUGUCUGAGCUGCCGGCGAGCUUUAAAAAUAUUAUACCCACCGCGGCAAUGUCGGGCAGGUCGGUCCGAGCUGAAACCCGGAGCAGGGCGAAAGAUGACAUCAAGAGGGUUAUGGCCGCUAUUGAGAAAGUACGAAAAUGGGAGAAGAAAUGGGUGACUGUUGGAGACACGUCCCUUCGUAUCUACAAGUGGGUGCCAGUUACAGAGCCCAAAUCAGAUGAUAACAAGAACAAGAAGAAGGGCAAAGAUGAGAAAUAUGGCUCAGAGGUGACGACUCCAGAGAACAGCUCUUCUCCAGGGAUGAUGGACAUGCAUGAUGACAACAGCAACCAGAGCUCCAUCGCUGACUCGUCCCCAGUGAAACAGGAAAACAGUUGUAGCACCAGCCCUGCCCCAGAGCCCACCUCCACAUCACACCGUGACAAUGGUGAAGCCAAGACUGACCAGAGCCCAGACAGCAAGAGGGGUAAGAGCAUCCCUUCAUCAGAGACCUCAGAGAGAGCACAAAGUGCCAAGAGAGACAGCUUGUCCUCAGGGGAGAAGGACUCUUCAGACAGCAAAGCCACUCAGGACCUAGAGGAUGAAGCCCCGCCCAGCAAGAAAAGCAAACUGGAGUCCUCAUCUCAGGACUUUGAGGAGAGUUAAAUGUUUGGGGCUGAGUCAUUACUCUUCUUCAGCCUCCUGUCUCUUUCCCUUUGUACCUUCCUCCAUUAACUCUAGAUAAUUUAGGGCUAAUGGACAUACUGGCUCUCCUCUCACUCCUGUUUUUCUUCCCUCACCUUCCCCUCUCUACCUAAACUAAAAGGGAUAAUGGACGUCUCCCACCCUUCCUCUCUCACUUUCACCCUAAUGGCUGCUUCCCCUCCAGUUUGUCACCUUUGCCCCUGACACUCCCCUGUCACAGAGGGAGAAUGGAUAUUACCUCUGUUCACUGGUCCCCCUCCGUGCUUCCUUCCAGUCCUCCACACUUUUCACUAAUGCCAAGAGACACGCCGAACCUGGGCUGCAACCCCCUCUGUGAACAGGGGCAGCACUGUCAGCCAAGCCACCACCAGGCCAGAUGACAAACACUGACCUGCUUCUGUGACUAAAAGAGUUAACACUGGGAUUAGGAUGAGGUCAAUCGCAGACACUGCUCUGAGACCGUUUUUUUAAACGUUUCACUGCUAAGGGUUUAGCUCAGGAUAACUGAAGAGGCUAACCUGGUCUCAGAUCAGCGGCUGCGGGGGGAACCUCCACCCUAGGACCACGUCACUUCAAUCCUCCCGAUGCGCCUCCUGUUAGACUAAUGUUCUAUAUUUGUUUAGGAAGUGUUUAGGGUUUUUUUCUCAGGAGGGUCAAUGCACUGUUAUGGUAUGUCACAAUCGAUCACAGAUAGAUUUGCUGCUGUAGUGGAUGUCUUUUUUCUCUAUCCAUGAAAAGUUCACCAUUGACAUACGUUUUUGUUUUUUGUUUUUUCAAAGAGAGUUCGUUUAUGGUUCAUAGAGGAAGAAUAUGACAACGGUACUGGUUGAGAUACACUCUUGGUUAAGUAGUAAAGACAGGCAUAGCUAGCGUAGGUCCUGGAGGUGUGCCUUGAGUUGCUACGAUUAAAUGCACGUUUUAGGUCAAGCAGGUUUUGAAUUACAAUUUUGGUGCCAUGUUUUGUUUUUUGCCUUACAAUUAUCACUAAAUAGUUUUAGCUGAUAUUUAUUUUUUACCUACAACUGUUUUUCAUUUAAAGGAAGAGAUGAACAUUUUGGGAAAUAUUUGCUUUCUUGCAGAGAGUCAAACAAAAAUAUGGCAUUGUCACAGCCAGGCAUUAGUUAGCUUAGCUUGGUAUAAAAGCUGGAAAGAAAGGGAAAUGGCUGGCCUGGGUUGGUCUAAAAUCAGUCAAAUAAGAACUAGGAACACCUGUAAUGUUGCAGCAACACACAAAUCCACCAGGUUAAAUUUCCUUGAUGGAUGUCGCCCAGAGUAGGACGGGAGAGGAAGUGGCAGAGGGAGAAGCUAGCCUAGCAGAAAUAGUAUUUGAUUUUGGUUAUUUUACUUUUGUGAAUUUUUCUCUAGGGGGUCACAGCUUCUGUCAAAGACAGUCUGGCCCAUAACUCCCUGUGAAUGACACGACUUAAGUUUUAGACUUGUUUUUUUUUUUUUCGAAAAGCUUUGGAGAUGAAACUAGCUUACAUGUUAACAUGCUAUUUAUUAUUUAUUUACAAUUAUUAUUUUUUACUUUUAUACUAGAAUGACAAGAGACGACAUCCCUCAUUACUUCUUGGCACAUAAGAAAGUGAGUUUUUAGCAGUGCUGUUAGUUGUAACCUGUUUUUACGCUAGGCUAACUGUCUCCUGCCAUGUAAUAGCGUUAUAUCGCAUUAUCAUAAAACUCUCUGCAAGGAAGCAAAUUGGCGUGUUAUUCCUUUAAACAGUUGGAGACUGGAAUUUGAACACUACCCAGAAGUUAAUUUAGUUUUGUCUUGUGAAAAUGUUACAAUUUGUAAACUUCAGUCAGAUCACCAGUUGUUGGUCUUUGUCUACUUCAGGUGUUUUUGUUUUUCUUUUAGCACCUUUAAGUAGAAAUUGACCAAUUUCCAGGACUGGUUUUCCCACCUGCUCCACCAUUUAAUCACUUCUCCUCCGUGUAAGUCUUCUGUGUAUCACUACUUCUCUAUGACCUACUAAAGUCUUUUAGCUCAAACAUUGGUUCUAAUCCUCCUUCAAGGUGCUGUCUGUUGGCUGAAUCCAUACACAGGUGGCAUCAAGCUCUUGGUUUUGUGCAAAUUUGUGCAAUUUACUUGAACUUUGUUGUGUGGAUUCAGGCCUGUGACCUCUAAUGUACAACCUCACACAUCUAAGAUUUACUUUCAUUAAUUGAGAUUUCCUUGUCAAUUUGGAUUGAAAUGAAUUGACUCACCACAAAUCAAUGAUUUCAUAACAUAACAGGGGCUUUAUGAUGCAGAAUUACUUGAUCAGAUUUCAGCAAAUCAGCAUUCACAUGGAUGGAGAGAAAAGAAAUUAAAAAAAAAUGUCUUGGUAUAGAGGACGGAUUAGCAUAUACCUCAUUCCCAGUCCAGCAGCGCUGGAACUUAAAAUGCUAUUGUAUUGACAUUAACAGUUAUAAACAGCAUUAUGUACACUCAGUUUAAGAAAAAAAAAAUCUCACUUAUGUUGUAGCUUUCACCUGAUCGAGCCAAUUGCUUAUAGUUUGCUCAUAACUGUAAAAAAAGAAAAAUGGAAAAAAAGAGCUGUGAGAUAUAAAAUCUUGUAUGUUUUUUGGGUUGUUUUUUUUUUUUCUUUUCUUGGGACCAUAUUGUUUUUCUUUAGAUCUUGUACAGAUUUAUGGUUUGGUUUGACUUAUUUAUUCCAUCAGUAGUGCUUGGUUUUUAUCAUGUCCAAUGGUUUUGUUUUCUUAAUAAAAGUCACAAAAUUUU